AUGGGUCUUGGUUUUAGUUGCCUAGGUCUAGGUGCUGCCUCCUGGGUAUCUUCUGCAAUUGCUUCUUGCUUUUCCGCAGCUGCUUGUAACUUAGCAUUCAAGUCAUGUAAUUGUAAUAAUUCCAUUGCAACGAGAGUUGGCUUUGCUCUCGCUUGGAUAAUGUUAUCAGAUUGGGCACUAAAGCAAUUAGAAAAAAUUAGUCUUGAUUACUUAAAAUUGACUUGUAAAAAAGAUGAUGGAAAAGAUGGAAUUUGUUAUGGUGUGCUAGCUGUACAUCGUAUAUGUUUUGCACUUUCAUUAUUUCAUUUUAUUUUAGGACUUUUAGUCAUCAAAGUCAAUAGUACUAAAGAUAAACGGGCUGCCAUCCAAAACGGAUGGUGGGGUCCUAAAGUCUUGUUAUGGAUAUUUCUUGUCGUUAUUUCCUUUUUCAUUCCUAAUGGAUUCUUCAUGUUCUGGGGAAAUUAUGUUGCCUUAUUAGGAGCUAGCUUGUUUAUUAUCGUUGGUUUGAUACUUUUGGUUGACUUUGCUCAUACGUGGAGCGAAACUUGUAUUGAGAAAUAUGACGAAACAGAAGAUAAUAAAUGGAAAUAUAUCCUUGUUGGAUCCACACUUGCAAUGUUUUCUUUUGCAAUUGUUCUUACUGGUAUUUUAUACAGAUACUUUGCAGGAAGUGAAUGUCGUCUUAAUCAAUUCUUUAUUACAUUUAAUCUCGUACUUUGUAUCAUCGGAACAUUCAUAUGCGUUCAACCGGCGGUUCAGUAUGCAAACCCUCGUUCAGGACUUUCGCAGGCUUCAGUUGUUGUUAUCUAUUGUACAUAUUUAAUCACAAGUGCGGUGGCGAAUGAACCGGGAAGUUGCAAUCCGUUAACAACAAGCAAUGGAACUCGCACAACAACUAUCGUGUUAGGAGCAGUAUUUACUUUCCUGGCGAUUGCAUAUUCAACUACCAGAGCCGCUAGUCAAGGCAAGACAUUAAUAACUAAAUCGGAUUAUCAUCCUUUAAAUACUGCUACAGCAGUGCCACUGAUGACUAACCAGCCAAACGGAUUUAAUCCCAACAUGCGAUCUGAAUCGGUGUUGGCUGCUUCUGUUGAAAGCGGGAAUAACGUGUCCACGGAAGAAGACAAACAAGAUGGAGAACUUGUUAGAAUUGGACAAACAUAUACCGCCGUAUGGGUCAAGGUCAUUUCAAGCUGGGCUUGUUUUUUGUUAUACGCAUGGACUUUGGUAGGACCAGUAUUGAUGCCUGAUCGAUUCGAGAACAGCACUCCAUUUACUAAUGCUAAAUAA